GCCACAUUCAGUUCUCUCUCUCUCUCUCUCUCUUUCCCUCGCCAGCUGUUUCAUCUCCGCCUGUCCCUCUAGGCCAUUAACGCCAUUCUGUCUGUACUCAUUCCUCGGAGCCCCUUAGAUCCACGCGAGGAAUUCCCCACAUUGGCGUUGCUCUUUCAGUGAUCUCGCUCCCGAUCCGUUCGUUUCUGCAACCGCUGGAUCUGAAUCUCCGGCCUCAUUUCCUGUAAGUUUAAUCUCCCUGAUCCCGUAAGAUCUUCAAUUCUUCUCAUUUUUGUUCUCCCAGUUAGGAAAUUCAGUAAUCAAACAAAUUGUCGGCCAUUUCAUUAAUUUAUAUUUAUUGUCUACGAUUGCGUGGGAUUUGGGAAUUAGUCUUGCCCGUGACAAUGACGGCGGAGGUGGAUGCUCGUGGAAUUGGUGAGGUUCCAAAGGUCGAAGUUGAGGAGAAGUGUAAUCCGCAGAGAGAAAACAACGGGGUUGAGAUGGUUAAUGGGAACAGUGCGAGUACUAAGGACGACGCCGACGGCUCUUACGUGUUCGUAAGCGGAAGCGACGCCGUUUCUGACGGUCACGUUGAGCUGUCGGAUCUCAAUGGGGAUGGGGAGCACGUGGAGAAUGUCGGUGCUGGUGGAGUUUCCGAGUUGAAGGUGGUUGAGAAUGACGGUGGUUUGGAGGGGUCGGAUUGUGGAAUUAAAGAGGGAGAGGGCGAUGGUAUUAAGGAGGAGAAUGGGGCGGAGGCUGUUGUGGAAUCUGAGCCACAGCUGCUCCAGGUUGAACAGCAAAUCAAGGGUAAUGUUGAGGAGUCUUCUGGGGAUGCCGAAGAGAUUAACAUAUCACAACCUGUGGUUUCGGGUGCUGCUGAGUCUGAAUUAUAUGAAUCAUCGACGCAGGUCGAUGAUGGCAAGGCGGAGGAUAAUAAUUCAAACUCAGCUGCUGCAUCUGAGCCUCUAGAGAUUGAUGGCCAAGAGAAGAAGGUUGAAGAGGAGGAAAGGAAAUCAGAUUCGUCAACGGACAGGAAAGAUAACUACGAAUUUCAUAAUAUAGUUAACGUAGAUAUUCAAAAUGAUUUGGAUCAGGAGAGGGAACCGGAAAUGGAGACCAAUGAGGUUCCUGUGGAAGGUGGUGCACCAGGGGCCCUUGUGGGAGACUUGGAGCAGAACAACCAGGCAACUACUGCUCCUUGUCCUGUUAAUGAUACAGAGUUAGAAAGAGAAUUUGGUAAUAGGGGUGUUGUCUCUGAUGAAAAAGGCGAUGGCUCACCGGCCAGUCAUGCUCAAGACAGCCCUUCAGAAACCGUUGAUGGCCAUCAAAAGGCAGUUGAACAAAAUGGAUCUUCUGAAAACGCCGAAAGCUUGCCCUCCCGAUUUGUUUGUGGGAAUGCAGCUGCUAAUGAGAUUCCUGUAGAAGAGGACUUGAGGGAACAUGAGGUGGACUUGGAACAGACUUCAAAAACAGCUUCAUUUCAAGUAGCUGAUACACAGUUUGAAACAGAAGUUGUGCCUGAUGAAAAUGGAGAUCGCUUGCCUACCGAUCAUGCUCAGGAUGGCAUUUCAGAGAAUUUUUUUGAGAAUGACUUGGUUGAUUCCAGUCAAAACACGCCCGAACAAAAUGGGUCUGCUCAAAAUGUGCAAUGCUUGCCCUCCCCUGUUGCAUGUGAGGGUGUUCCUGUUGAAAGUGGCAAAAGUUUCCCUAGUGCUCCCGACAAUCAUACAGAUGAUGAUGCUGGGAAUGAGGCUUCUCCAAUUACGGAGUUUCCAACUUGUGUUGCCGAUGAUGAGAGUCCAGAGACUGAAGUUGGAAACUUAGAUGCAGAGAGAAGCAAAAGCACUGAUUCUUGUCCCGCUGAUUAUACAAAAUUAGAAAUCCAGGUUGAGAAUAGCCCUGAUGAAGCUAUUAAAAAUGAGAAUGGCCCAGAUGAAACUAUUAAAGCCGAGCAUGGCCCUGAUGAAACCAUUGCAGGUGUGAAUGGCCCUGAUGAAACCAUUGGAGGUAAGAAAGGCCCUGAUGAAUCCAUUGAAGGUGAGAAUGGCCCUGACAAAACCACUGAUUGUGCGAAUGGCCCUGAUGAAACAAUCAAAGGUGAGAAUGGCCCUGACGAAACCAUUGAAGGCGAGAAUGGCCCUGGUGAAACUAUUAAAGCUGAGAAUGGCCCUGAUGAAACAAUUGAAGGUGAGAAUGAACCUGACAAAACCAUUGAAGGCGAGAAUGGCCCUGACGAAACCAUUGAAGGCGAGAAUGGUCCUGACGAAACCAUUGAAGGCGAGAAUGGUCCUGACGAAACCAUUGAAGGCGAGAAUGGCCCUGGUGAAACUGUUAAAGCUGAGCAUGCCCUUGAUGAAACUAUUAAAGCUGAGAAUGGCCCUGACGAAACCAUUGAAGGCGAGAAUGGCCCUGACGAAACCAUUGAAGGCGUGAAUGGCCCUGGAGAAACUAUUAAAGCUGAGAAUGGCCCUGAUGAAACCAUUGAAUGUGCGAAUGGCCCUGAUGAAACCAUUGAAGGUGAGAAUGGCCCUGAUGAAACUAUUAAAGCUCAGAAUGGCCCUGAUUAUACCAAUUUAAGUUACCAUGCUGAUGAUGCAAGAUCAGAAACUGAGGCUGGUUCUGUUGCCAUUGAUUCUGAAGAAAAAGUAUCCGACUUUUCAAGUGUUGACGCGAAGAUAGAAUCUGGGAUUUCAAAUGGGGUCAUUGACUGUGCUGAUGGCCAGUCUCAUUCUGUUUCUGCUACAAUUGUAGAACCUCAUGUAAAUGGUUUGGUUGAAAAUGAAUCCUCUACUAUUCUAGGUGCUGACGUGAAAUCAGAGUCUGAAGUUGAAAAUAUGCCCGCACCAAGUAGCAGGGAUAUACCCCGUGAUGAUGGUACUGAAUCUGAAUCCAAGGUUCCAGAUGCCUCGGCUAAUUUGAUUGAAAGUGCAGUAGUCAGCGUGCCAGAUGCUGUAGAUGUUGAAGAUGGAGUUGAUCAGUUCACGGGUAUAGAUAGUGGUGACAAACCAACAUUUCAAGGAACUGAGGGCACUGCUGUGGUUCACGGUGCUGAAACCUCAAUAACUUCCCCAGAAGAUUCCACCAUUGAUGCUUUGGAAGGACCGUACUUUUUAAUCAGGAUCCCAAGAUAUGAUGAUGGAAACAUAAGAGAACAGAUCAAACAUGCUCAGUUACAAGUUGAUGAGAAGACUCGAAGUCGGGAUGCUAUUCGAGCUGAAAUCCAAAUGAAAAGGGCCACUUGGAAGGAGUAUGGUGAUAAUUUUGAAGCUGCCGUGUCGGAAGAGAAAGCUGCAAGAAACUUGCUUAGGUCCAAACGCCAGGAGAUGGAUUCUGCUCAAUCUGAGAUUAACAGAGUGAAGAAUGCAAUCUCUGUAGAGGAUAUUGAUGUCAGGAUACGCAAUAUGGAACACGCUAUUCAACAUGAGACCCUGCCUCUGCGAGAAGAAAAGCAGUUGAUUCGUGAAAUCAAGCAAUUGAAGCAACAUCGUGAACAGAUUUCUUCUACUAUGGGUGGGCAGGAUGAUGUGCAGCAGGCUUUAGAUCAGAAGGGGCAGAUUGAAGAGCGAUUGAAGUUUCUGAGGAAGGAGCUGGAUAUACUCAGAGACAAUGUUCUGAAAGCUGAAGCUGUCACUAAAGCUGCAAAAAAGAAGUACAACGAGGAAAGUGAAAAAUUGAAUGAAAUACAAGCUCGGUUUAAAGCUGCAGAUGAUAUUCGCCAAGAAGCAUAUGCACAUUUACAGAGCUUGAGAAAACAAUUGUAUGAGAAGACCAAAUACUUUAGGAAGUACAAGGAUGACAUUACGGCAGCGACUGAUUUUGCAUCAAAGGGAAAUCGGGAGGAACUGCAACGGCUUUGUGUUAACCAGGUAGGGAAAGUUAUGGAACUAUGGAACAAAGACGAUGAGUUCCGGAAAGAAUACAUCAGGUGCAACACUAGGAGUACAUUGAGGAGACUGAGGACACUGGAUGGCCGUUCACUUGGUCCUGACGAGGAGCCACCUCAAAUUCCCUAUUUUGUCAAUGACAGGGUGGCCAAGGAUAACUCUCUGUCCCUGCAGUCGGCUGUUGUACAAGAAAAACAAAAUGUACAAGUGGAAGCUGAAAAAGUAAUGGAAAAACCCAUCGCAAAAGCUGUGGAACAAAAGAAUGAGGCAACCAAAUCUAAAAAGCCUGUGAAACCUGCACCUUUGGGGAAUGGAUUAGCAACUAUUUCUGGCAGAGAUGAGAUUAAGGAAGCAAGAGAAGAAGAGCAUAAGCUGACAAAGGAGGAAGAGGAGUUGGCCAGAAAAGCGGAGGAACUGAGAAGGGAAGAGGAAGCAGCCAAGUUGAGGGAGCAACAGUUGUUGGAGGAGAAGGCCAAGGCCAAGGAGGCCCUGGAGAGGAAAAAGCGAAAUGCAGAAAAGGCCCAAGCCAGGGCUUUGUUAAAAGCACAGAGGGAGGCUGAACAGAAAGAGAAGGAAAGGGAAAAGAAAGCAAGGAAGAAGGAAAAAAAGAAGGUUGCCGCAGUAGAGGCCAUUGAUGGUGCUAAUGAAGGAGAAUCUGCUCCAAGCUCUGAAACUACAACUGAAACUCCCAGCGAGUCUGAAACUGGGGAGAAGCCCUUGCUAGUAACAAAGAGGUCCCAAAGACCGUCACAAUUUAUUAAGCCGCAGACGAAGGCAAAAGCUAUUCCUCCGCCCCUUCGCAGCCGCAAUAAGAGAAGGAUGCAGCCAUGGAUGUGGGUCCUCCUUGCUGCAUUGGUUGUUUUUGCCUUAUUUUUGGUGGGGAACAGCGGCUUCUCUUUUGAUUUUGGGCUGCUGCAAUGGUCUGGUUUCUGAAUACAAUCUCAAUACAUCAUAUUAACUAGGUACCGCUAUAGAGAGGUUUGGUGAGGUAUUUCGUAGAUAUAUAUCUAUCUAUCUAUAUAUAUAUAUAUAUAUAUAUAUAUAUAUAUAUAAGCAAUUCUUUCUUGCUCUUCCCAGGAUUUGUUUUCCUCUAGUUCUAUUGAGUUAACUAUAAGUGGCUUUUUUCUUUCACACACACCACAAUAGAUUUGGCUUCCUGUUAAUUGCGUUUGUUAAGAACAAGAAACUUUUCGAGUGUUGUUUCCAUUAAUAUAAUAAUAAUAAAUAUGGUGAUUUUAGCUUUA